AUGGCAGAUUACCUGCUAUAUUCUGAGCCCCAUUCAACUUCCGAUCUCCUUCGGCGUUGGCCAAGAGCCCAGGGAAAAGAGAAGGCAGCUUUACGGGCGCUUAUAUCUCGCAUGGUCCAUAUUUUCGAAGAUGAUGCGAUCUCCUCCCGCAUGAUCGAGGCCACGAAGCUAUCAUCUGCUGUUGAUCCCGACGGUUACCAUGUCUUGCUUCGAAAUUUUGCAAAUGAAGUCAUCAAGGGUAGGGCAGAUAAAACUGUCAUUGACCCAAAAGUCCUAAGGUGUUUUGCAUGCAUAAUUCGCCAAGCUUCUGAUGCCUCGCACGUUGGCCCUGUGGCAGUGCUUGCGCCAGUGCUUAGAAGCUUGACGGCGCGCCUUGACGACGCCAAGGAGAAUUCUCAGCCGGAAACACAACAUCAGUUGGUCUACACACUUUCUGUCAUUUUGGAUGCCAUGGGGGAUAUUGGAAUCAGUGGUAUCAGCCGAGAAAACAUACACGAGCCUCUGCGACAGUCGCUAAAGGAGUUGCAAGACACUAAAGAGCCUCGGCUAGCCCAGUCUGCCAGCUAUGCAUAUCAAGCGUUGCUUGGCAUAUCGAAUGAUGAAAGCACUGCAGCUGCAGUCUGGCGCCACGCAAGUGAUAUCAUCAUACCUUUGGCUAAGAUUGCUGGUGCUGUUCCAAAUUUUGACCCCUCAAGAUUUGUUGACGUGACUCCACAAGUGAUGUAA